UCGGCCUAAUUAAACGAGUCUGCUGCUAAAUAGUGCGGUGAAAGGAAAUAAUUAGGUGGACUAAACCGAUGACUCACCAACAGCAACAAAAAGCAUCUUCAAGCCUCCUCCAGAGCGCGUGAACCCAGAAUAUCGGUGUCUCACACAAGCUGGCGUGCAAAAAGGUGCGGAAGAGAAGGGGUGAAAUCGUGAGAUGGAUUUCGGGAAAGGACUGCGGCGGGGUACAGAAGGGGAGAAGUCGAGGGUUAUUAUCCUUUCUUUAUUUUCUGGUGCUAUGUAUUCCAAAGAAACGUGACAGGUUCCAGAGAAAUAAGCUUACGAACAUGCAUUCAUUUCAAAGCGUUUCUUUUGAAGUGAGUGAGAGCACUUAAAAAAAAGAAAUUAUAUCUAUUAAGACCAUUAGUAGACACUAUGGGCGGGGCAGGGGUUUUCAGUGGCUCUCAUUUUGUCUAUAAAAACAUAACCACGCGUUUGUAGGUCAUUGCUUAUUACAUCGUCAUACGUCAUUUGGACACAAAUUGAAGAGAAGAAGAAUACGUCCAAAUGCUGAAAGUAGAGGCACCCUCUUAUCUUAGGCAUAAUCUGGGUUCCUAUGCGCAAGACAAACUUAUUUCACGUUUGCCAAAAUUAUUAAGAUACUAAGUGUUAUUGAGAGUCCUGAUUUAGAAGCGCCCCGUCCAAAACCACACUGUUACGAACACAUCUUACUGUGGCCUAGUGCAAAACUAUGCUAUGUUUGUGUUGUUCAUGGAUAAUAAUAUACGCUAAAUUAAAAUUUUCAUAGUUUCCCUUAACCAAUGCAGGCCAAUUUAUCCACGCGCUUUACUGAAAGAGAACAGGUCGAAGUGAAUUAUGGAGUUGUCCGAGAAUGAGAAAGUGCAUAACAAAACAUUGGCCUUUACAAAAGAGUGCCCCUGCUAGUACGCAUCAAAUAUUACUACAGUAAUCAAAAUUUUAACCAUUGGUAGUUGGCUGGAACAGCCUUAGGCCACACGUUACCACUUGUAACGUGUAUAACAUACUUCCUAUGGAUAGGCCUGAGGCGAAGACAUAUCAUUUUAAUGAGACCACAAGACCAAUGAAACGGCCAACGGCCUCCUGGGAGGUUCCGCUCUAAUUCCCGAGUAAGUCAUAUCAAAAUCUAACAAAUAACCUUGGUAUACUUAACGUGUUCUUCAUGGCGAGUGUCUUCGUCCUAAAUUCAUUGGAAGGCUCCAAUCCGCGUUUUUUGAGUGAUCCAUGCUCCGGAGUAGACGGAGCCGUCCAAUCAGAGCGGUUUCCUCAGGUACCAAUAGGCACCACACAAAUCUUUUCCCCUGUCACUCCACAGCCGCUUCAAACAGUGUUUGACUUCAUCUUAUAUCAGCACGUGCCGUCCCAUGGAUUCAUACCUUCUCUAUUCACAUUUAAGAUCCUAAAGCUUUUUUGUUUUGUUUAACUGCUCAACCCUUUCCCCAAAUUACCGUGCAAUCGGACCACCUUGCCUCCCCAAAUGUCCUUUUAAAUGAGUCUACGUAUUCAUCACCACAGAAGACGAAACGAGUGAGGAACUGUAUUUUUCGGGGGGGCGGUAUUCACUUGGACUGUCAGACCAUGUUUCCGCCGGCGGGCAAGCGCUGUUUCACCAUCGAAUCCUUGGUUGCGAAGGAGAGUCCUCUGACGGCGGAGGAUCCCAUCCGACCAACUGCCCUUAGCUAUCCGAACCCCGCGGACGCCUUCAUGAACGGCUACCAGGGCCCCGCGGGGAGGUCCCUGUAUCCGAACCCGGAGCUGGUCUUCCCAGAGACAGUUAAUCACCCGUCAUUGACUGUUCAUCCGCACCAACUCGGAGGUUCGCAUCUGCAGCACCCCCACUCGUUCUUUGGAACACAGCACCGUGACCCGCUAAAUUUUUACCCCUGGGUUUUGCGGAACAGGUUUUUCGGUCACAGAUUUCAAGGAAAUGAUGUUUCCCAGGACAGUCUACUACUGCACGGCCCGUUCGCCAGGAAGCCCAAGCGGAUCCGGACGGCUUUCUCCCCGUCCCAACUCUUGCGGUUGGAAAGAGCCUUCGAGAAGAACCAUUACGUGGUGGGCGCUGAGAGGAAGCAGCUAGCCAACAGCCUCAGUCUAUCGGAAACUCAGGUCAAGGUCUGGUUUCAGAACAGAAGGACAAAGUACAAGAGGCAGAAGCUGGAGGAGGAGGGGCCAGAGAACCAACAGAAGAAGAAGGGGAACCACCACAUCAACAGGUGGAGGAUUGCCACGAAGCAAGCCAGCUCGGAGGACAUCGAUGUGACAUCCGAUGACUAGAACCCCACUCCAGCUACCCUCUCCCAGUCCGACCACACCCCCGACACCCCGAUCCCACCAGAGACCAUUUCCGAUCGCAACCCUAUUUAUUUAAGUAAUAUUGUAAGGCAUAAUUAUAUCUAUAAAUAUAUAUAUAUAUAUUAAAAAAAACAAGGACAAAAAUGACUGAAUAUGAUGCCGCCAAGCAGAAAACAUUUGCAAGCCUCAGACAGAGGGUCUCCUCGAGUCAAGCUGAGAAACUGACACAAGUCCCAAAGGAUCAAAGGCCGACUUUCGCUUUGCCCGAACUUGGGGCCCUGCGUGCCCUGGUUACUGUACCCCAAAACCUGAGCGUCCUGGUCCAUCUCUCUGUCACAUAGCCGCGGGAAAUCGGGGCCACCUGCUAUUCAGGGGUGAUUUUCACGUUCUGUCGUUUCAUUGGUCCUUUUGACCAUGGGUCUCGAAUGUAGAUAACAUGUUAAACUUUUUUUUUUUUUUUUUUUUUACAGUAUAACAUGUAUUGCCUGCACAAGUUCACAUGGAAACUUUCUUUUUAUUUUUUCCCAUUUUACUCUAGUCCCAGCCCAAGACAGUGGCUGUCAGAGGUUUUUAUUCUGACUAAACUAAACCAUCAAUAAAUGUCACAUUUAAUUUAAGCACUGUGUUUUUUUUCUAUUUAAGUACACUGCAGAAAUUUGAGGAGAUGUCUUUAAACAACUGCUAGACUGUGGCUCAUAUCGGGCUGAUCUAGAUGCUGUUCUGUGUUGUUUGGGCGGGGACAUAUCUCAUUUCAAACGGGGGGGGGGGGGGUCAAGAAACAGGAAAAUAUCUUCAGGGUUUAAAAAAAAAAUUUUUUUAAUUGGGGGACAUUUACAGUAUAAACAUGUUAAUAUUGGGGGGAGGGGGGAUCUGAUGGGAGGAAUGGGGGGGGGGGGGGGGGUGAUCCCUCCCACCAGUAUGGCCAAAGUGCAGUUCAAAGUCCAGUUACUUACACACUGGAGGCCCCUCCCCCAAACACUUUCAUUUGAAAUUUCCUGUUGAAUAUUGUACUUGAUCAAGUUUUGAAAAAUGAUUUAUCCACAAAGAAAUAAUAUUUUCGUAUUGUAGAGAGCUUUGCCAUAAAUCUGUCGACACACCUGUGUUGUGGACUGAAUUGCUUACGCCACUGCUCUGGAAAAAAAAAAAGCAGAAAAUGGAAGAAAGAACAUUUUUUUCCUACAGAAUAUUACAGGGGGUAAUACAAGUAAUGUUCCAUUUCUUUGAAGAAGUACUUCUCUGGAUGCAAACCUCUCGGUCAGCAGAUAUUCCAGUUGGGUGCAGCAGAUUCAUACAGAUAUUACACAUAUAUAACAUUAAGAAAUAUGUUGCUGAAUUUCGACGGUUGAAUAUAUGUAAACAAUAUACUGUUUUUUUUUCUUUCUGUCAACUGACCUUAAAAGUAUGAAAAUGUCAUACUUUAAACAUCUGUCUUGAAUUUUACUCCGAAUGUGCAUUAAAGAAAAUAACACAG